UAUUCUUAAUUUUAAUUAAUGAAAAAUAUAAAAUUUUGUAAAAAUAAUUCGAAAAGCUUUUCUUUCAAAUUUUAGUCAUCAUAUUUUUGUCAUAUAUGACAUUUGUGCAUAUAUCUAGGGAAAUUGUCAUUUUUUGUUUGUCAAUACAACCUGAUUAAGCAUGUCAAUAUUUACUUUGAUUUAAAUGAAAAAUUAUAAACAAAUAUUUCAUAAUAUUAAAUGGAAAUUCCAGAAUCAAACGAAAUGGUGACCGAAGAAAUAGAUUUUCGUAAAGACAAAUACCCCUUUUGUAUCGUUUGGACUCCGAUACCUUUAUUAACGUGGCUAUUUCCAUUCAUAGGGCAUAUGGGUAUAGCUAUGUCUUCAGGUGUUAUAAGAGACUUUGCAGGACCAUAUUAUGUGUCUGAAGAUAAUAUGGCAUUCGGAAGACCCACAAAAUACUGGCAACUUCGAUAUUCCUUAGCCAGAGGAGGUAUUAGUGGAUGGGAUAGUGGAGUUACUGAAGCUUCAGAAAUAUACAAAACUAGAAUGCAUAAUUUAUGUUGUGACAACUGCCAUUCCCAUGUAGCAACUGCUCUAAAUUUAAUGCAGUAUAAUAAAUCUACCAGUUGGAAUAUGGUGAAAUUGGCGAUUUUAAUGUUAUUAUAUAGUAAGUACGUUUCAUUUACAGGUUUCUUAAAAACCUGGCUGCCAUUUGUAUUUAUUGUAAUUGUUAGUUUAACAAUUUUCCUUACUGUUAGAUAAAUGUGUUAUUAGGUUUGAAAAUAACAAUUUUUCUGUUGUUCCUUAUUUAAUGAGAUUAAAUUUAGCUCAAAAAAUAGAUAAAUAUACAUAAAGUAUGAUGUAAGAUAUUGGUUGUCUUAUUUAUUUGAAUUAAUUCAACUACCUCAUCUAUUUAAUGUAUUUAUUCAUUUAUAUUGAAAAGUGUAUAAAAUUAUAAUUAAUAAAAAAAUGUUUACAAA